GCGAAUUACCGUCUCGUCGCUGCCGUUACUCCGGGAAAAUAAACCCACGUCGGCCGUGCGCGAAACCGACGCGUGUUUUUACUCUUACGAAACCUGUUGUCGUCCAAACCGGAGCAGAUUGGACCCCGUUUCCGACCGACAUCUUCGCGGAGAAUCCCUUCGGAAGAAGCAGCGGCUGGGUUCUCCUCCGUCGCCGCCUCUUCCAGCAGGAGUGCGUUUGAUAUCAGCGGCGGAGCAACAGCCAUGGAGCCGAGCCGGGGAUUUAAAUUGUCGGACACGGUGGCACGCUCUGCUGCUCACUGAGGAUGGGAAGGAAAUAAGAGGGAUUUUAGCAAAACGUAUCAGGUAGCGGCUUCGCAGCAGAAGGAUGCCGCUGGUGAAGCGCACCAUCGAGCCCAGGCACCUGUGCCACACGGUGCUGCCAAGGAACAUCAAGAAUGAGCUGGAGUGUGUGACUAACAUCUCCUUGGCCAACGUCAUCCGCCAGCUCAGCAGCCUCAGUAAAUAUGCAGAGGACCUGUUCGGAGAGCUGUUCAAUGAGGCCCACUCCUUCUCCUUCCGGGUCAACUCCCUGCAGGAGCGUGUGGACCGCCUCUCCAUCAGCGUCACACAGCUGGACCCCAAAGAGGAGGAAUUGUCUCUUCAGGACAUCACCAUGAGGAAGGCCUUCAGGAGUUCCACUACUCAGGACCAGCAGCUGUUUGACCGCACGUCUCUGCCCGUCCCGCUGCAGGAGACCUUCCACACCUGCGAGCAGCCGCCGCCUCUCAACAUCCUCACACCGUACAGGGACGACGGGAAGGAAGGCCUGAAGUUCUACACCAACCCGUCCUAUUUCUUUGACCUGUGGAGAGAAAAGAUGCUGCAGGACACAGAGGACAAGAGGAAGGAGCGGCGGAAACAGAAGCUGGAAAUGCCUUAUCUUGUGUAUCCCAAGAGCCUUAUAAGAGUCCUCUCUGAAACCCCUCCUCCCUUCUUUACUCCCCCAGAGUUGCAGGACCCCCGCAUGUAUGAUCAGGUCUAUAGGUACUUAGACCUUCCAGGGCAGCUGAAGGCGAUAGACCGUCCGCAGGAGCCGGACAAGGUACCGCGGGCACCUCACGACCGCAAGAAGGAGUGGCAGAAGCUGGCGCUGGGUGCGGAGCUCGCCCAGGACAUUCCCGAAGACAAACACAGGGAGGCCAACGGAUCCGCAGGUUACCACGACAACAGGGCUCCCUUGUACAUGGAGCACUUGGACGGGCCCUUCUCGCUGGCAGCGCUGCCCUACAGCCAGAUGAACGAGCUGCUGAACCGCACCGGGGACAGAAUGUAUUCCCGACCCCACGACCCGCCGCCGCCGCCGCCUCCCAUGCACCCACUGGGAGAGAUCAAGCCACCCUCUGUGAUCAGCUCCAGUUCGGGUUUCUCCGACAGCAGACCCCAGUCUCCAGCCCGGACAGCAGGCCUCAACUCCAACACUCCUCCUCCUCCGCCACCUCCUCUCCCCCCUCCUCCUCCGCCUUUACCCUCCUCAGGCCUGCGGGGCACCCCUCCUCCCCCUAUUCCUCCUCUCCCGGUCCAGCAGCAGCCGCCGGCCAUCCCGCCUCCCCCAGCUCCCCUCCAGAUCGCCCCGGGAGUGCUGCACCCGGCGCCUCCGCCCGUGGCGCCUCCCCUCCACUCCUCGUCCCCGGCCCGUCUCCAGCAGGUCCUGGACAAGGGCCCAUUGGCGGGCUCUGGGACUCAGUCCGACGGCAGCAUCCUGCCUCCUCCUCCGCCGCCGCCUCCCCUGCCCCUCCCCGGAGCACGGAGCUCGUCGCCCUGUCCGUCAGGCCCGCCGCCCGUGCCGGCCUUCCCCUCAGCAGGAGCCAUGGCCUCCCCGCCGCCCCACUCCCUCCACGACGUGGGGCUCAAGAGGCACCAUCCAGCCAACCUACCGCCCAUCAGCGACGCUCGCAGCGUCCUGCUGGAGGCCAUCAGGAAAGGCAUUCAGCUGCGCAAAGUGGAAGAGCAGCGAGAGCAGGAGGCUAAACACGAGCGGGUCGGCAACGACGUGGCCACCAUCCUGUCGCGCCGCAUCGCCGUGGAGUACUCCGACUCCGAGGACGAGUCCGAGUUCGACGAAGGAGACUGGAUGGAGUGAAGGCGGCGAGGGCAAAGAGAGGAGCAGCGUUGGCGACGGAGGACAAACGUGUUCAGGUGACCAACACCAAACCUCGCCAUCCAAGAAGAGAAACAUCGAUAUCGCCCACGUUUCCCCCGUCAGGCUUUUUUAUCUCGUCAUAUCUCUGUCUCGUUGUGGUUUGUGUUCGGUGGAGAGUCUCCACGUCGCCCUCGUCGGUCUUUCUAGUGUUCCCAGAGAAUUUCUUUUUUUGCAUUCAUUCUGUUCUGCACUACUACACGACCUUGUUUCUGCUGGAUUUCUUGGUGAUGAAAUCCCCCAUGUUUACUAUUGUUAUACAUGAAAAUAACUUUUUGAAGAGCCACUUGUUUUUGUUUCUUAUCUGUACGUUGAUGUUAAAAAAAAAAAAAAAAAGAACACACAAGAAAAAAAGAAAAAGGAAAAAUGAAGGCAUGUUGCAUCUAUCUUUAGUUCUUCAACAUAGUUUUGCCACCUUGUGGCCGAACACGGCAUCGAGUGAAUGCUGCUUUAUUUUAUCCUCUUUUAUUUACCUUUUACUGCCGAAGCAUUUUGCAGUUUUAACAGGCCAGUAGUUUCCAGUACUGACCGCUACACGAACAGUUUGAACACCAGCUGGGUCGUCUUCUGUUUUCCGUCUUGUUACCAGGACUGACUUCACCACUAAGAACAAGCAAAAGAUUGUGUCGCUACGUCAUGUGAUGAUUGUUGUGCGGUUGAAAUGACGAUGGGAAGCAUUCGGCUGCUGUGGCCACACGUGUGCGUAUCCAUCCACUGACAUGUAACCUUUAAGCCCAGGGAAACGUACGCCAAGAGAUUCACUUCUUCUGUCUGUCCAGGUUCAGAGGAGCCACUUCCGCUCACGUUGACAUCAGGCAAUGUCAAAGAGAAACACUUAAGCCAUUGAUUUGGAGUGUAUUCAGCUCCCGUCGUUUCCUCGAUUUUACGCAACAGAGACGGACGCUGGAAGUGAUUUGACGCUGUAGAUGAGUUCCUGCCUCGCUUGUUGUCCCUGAUAAAUAUUGACGGCGUGCCCACGAUAAUGAGAAUCCGACCAACAACGGGUACAAACCACUCGACAUCACCGAAGGCAGCUUUUCCCGCCCCUCAGAUCCCCCUUUUACUGUGUAGCUGCCCGAGAAGCCUCGCCUCGUCCGGCUCCACGACAGCAAGAGUAGAUUCUGCGCGAUACUGCCUUCUGAUCCCCGAACAGAGAGGUAUUCAUUCUGCCUUGUUUGGCUCAUUUCACAGAAAAUGUCUGCCAUCCUUUUCCGUUCGUUCGUUCUUUUUGUUUUGUUUUUUUUUCUUCUACUUGCCUUAUUGUUCGUACAAAACGUAUCGUUGAGUUGAUGAAUGUAUUGUGCUGUUACUACUUACUUGCCUGCGCUUGUAUGGAUUUGCUGUUUCUAUGUUCGGGUGGGAAAAAGGGACCCUGGUUUAAAAAAACAAAAAAACAAGAAAAAAGAUUCGAUCAAUACUGUAUACCAUGUAACUUAUGUAACUGUUGACUGUAACAGUUUGCUUGAAUUAAUAAAACUCUAAUGUUAUGUUUCA